AUGGCGCCAAACGCGAGCACCGCCCCGGGACAGCCCAGUGGUCUGAUCGACAAGCUUCACUCGAGUACGGACGACGUUCUCAAUGCUGCAAAAACAUCGCCCGAAUUUCGUUACGCCGAGCAUGCGGCCAAGGAGCGAAGAGUUGCGCAAACGAUGGCGGAUCAAAUGUUGAUGCCCAUGACCGUCAACGAGAUCUCGGUCAACGGCGCCAAGAACAUUCGACGAGGAUUUCUGGACCCAAUCUGUGCGCCGUUGCUCCGCGGCGGCUCUAAUGCGCCUUCCACGGUCGGUGAGGUCAUGGCACUCCUUCAAGUGGCGAGUUCGAAGCUCUCCGGGCUGCAGAUUCUCAGGGAGCCUCCAGCGGUCUACUUGUCACAGGCUAGCCAGGCCGAUCCCUCUACGAAUCCUUACGACGUCAAUAUAUCCAUUGGAUUGAAAGAACUGCCCCGGUUCAAACUCCAGACUGGUACCGACGUGGGCAAUGGUGAAGGCUCGGCUUAUGGAUCUCUGCUUUGGAGAAACAUUUUUGGCGGCGCAGAGAUGCUCACAUUGAAUGCCAAAGCCGGGACGAGGACAAAAUCAGCCUACAGCGCCAACCUGAGUGCCCCGGUGCUGAGUGAUCCCGACAGGCGAAUUUCGCUGGAAGGGCUGGCAUCAGCCGCAGAAAAGCCAUGGGCAUCACAUGAAGAGGUAGUCAAGGGCGGCUCCUUGCGCUUUUCUUGGUUCAAUUCCCAAAGAGACAUGCAUUCCGUCGAAUAUUCCGGUCUGUGGCGACAAAUCACUGGUCUGCGCCAAGGUGCUAGCCCUACCGUCCGUCAGGACUCUGGCGACACGAUAAAGAGCGCCAUCAAGCACACGUUCUAUCGGGAAAGGCGCGAUAAUCCACAGCUGCCCCAGUCUGGGUACAUGCUACGAUCUGGACUGGAACUUGCAGGCACUGGCCCCCUCGGCGGUGAUGUCUCCUUCUCCAAGGGUGACAUUGAAAUGAGUGGUGCCAUCCCCAUCCCGCUGCCCGGCGCUCAGGAGCGAUCGGGCGCAUCUAUCGGAGCAGGUUUCAGGAUGGGCAUGCUGUAUCCCUUACCUCUGGGCUUCAACCUAGGUGGCAAGUCGUCACCUAGUCGUCUGAACGACCGCUUCCAGCUGGGCGGGCCUACCGACGUCCGCGGAUUCAAGCUCGGCGGCCUCGGGCCCCACGACGGCGCAGACGCGGUAGGAGGCGAUGUGUUCGCCGCGGGGAGCGUAAACAUGCUGCUUCCCCUUCCGUACAAAGGACCAGACUCCGGCCUCCGCUUCCAGGUGUUUGCCAAUGGUGGCCGACUGGUCGCCCUGAAUGACAAGAACAGGUCGGCAGCGGCCGCAUCGCACGGACUCAGUGGUGGCGCCGUCCGCGAUGGCAUGCUAGGUGCCAUUGGGGAGUUGUUUAACGGCCUGCCAAGCGUGGCUGCCGGCGUGGGACUUGUAUAUGCUCACCCUGUAGCCAGAUUCGAGCUCAACUUCAGCCUUCCUCUAGUCCUUCGCCAGGGCGAGGUUGGAACCAAGGGGUUUCAGAUGGGAGUUGGCAUCAAUCUGUUGUAA